AUGUCCGGUAGAGGUAAAGGUGGUAAAGGUCUAGGAAAAGGUGGUGCCAAGCGUCACAGAAAGAUUCUUAGAGAUAACAUUCAAGGUAUCACUAAGCCAGCUAUCAGAAGAUUGGCUAGAAGAGGUGGUGUCAAGCGUAUAUCCGGUUUGAUUUACGAAGAAGUCAGAGCUGUUCUAAAGACUUUCCUUGAGUCCGUCAUCAGAGAUGCUGUUACUUACACGGAACACGCCAAGAGAAAGACCGUUACUUCUUUGGAUGUUGUCUAUGCCUUGAAGAGACAAGGUAGAACCUUGUAUGGUUUCGGUGGUUAA